AUGGAGCAGUGUGGCAGCUGCAGUAAACCAGCACCCGUUCGUUCGGAAGUUCAGAUGGUUGGGUAUCUGGCCUGCUCGCUAUUCCGGACUGUGAGAUGGAUGUCCAGUGUGCAGCCUCGUCGUGUGGUUGUGCUCUUCCAUGGUAUCAUGCUUAACACCGUGCUGCUGUGCUGCUGGGCUCUACAAGUGGUUCUCACCUCCGGUACCACCAGAGCUGAAUUGGAUUCCAACGCCGUUAGCGAGGAGGCCACAUACACCGACCUUGCCUUCCUGAGCAGGAGCAAAGCCCUGCUUUCCGCCGCAGGUCCACUGACAAAACCCACACUGGAUGGAGAAAUAGACUUGUUGAAGGAAGAUCGCAGCUCAGGGAAGAUUGAAGCCAAUCUAGAGCUGGUGCCUAACGCAGGGGAGAUGGACAGAUCAAAGCGAGCGCCCAGAAGAUGUGUGCGUCACUUGGAGUCUUGCUUUGGCCAUCCACUGCCUUGCUGCGACCCAUGUGCCAUUUGUUACUGCAGGUUUUUUAAUGCAAUUUGCUACUGUAGGAAAAUUGGUCAUGACUGUCAUCUGGGCAAGAACUAGUUUUGUAGUUGCACUAUCUGCUGAUUUAAUUUCUGCUUAAGAAGCAUGUAUACGGAUUGAUAUUGUAGUGCUUUCCAUGUGUAACUUGUUAUUUUGCUGUUGAAAUAAACUUUU